CAAAGUUGAUAAACAAUGCAGCGAGCGGAGCUUUUAUCAAUGUGCAGUCUAGUGGAGAACGUACGGAAAACUGAAGACAAACAUUACCGAAAAUUUAAAAAUGAUAUCCAAACUGGACACAAAAAUUAUUACAUGCAAGCUAAUUAUAUUCCUAAAUAUGGAUCAAUGUUACCUUGCCCUCGCUGGGACUGCAGGAGCAGCUGCAGAUCAGCAGCAGAACUGCAGACAACAAAAUUAAACAAAGAUUCUUGCGAUAACAUUGAUUACAAUAUUCCACUAAAUAUGGAUUCUCACGUUACAUCAGAGAAUGUAGAUUCACAUCACGGGAAUGUUCUUAUUACCGACGACAAUUCUAAUUUAUAUUGGGAGAUGAACUAUCACGAAGCUGCUAUUUUUCUUGAGGAAGGAAGAAAUAAUGAAAAAUUUGAAUCUCACCCCAGACAUGCUGAAGAUUUACCAGCAUAUUUAUUAGUUCACAAUAGUUGGUACUAUGGACUUGACCUUUUAACAUCAUUAAUUUUGUUAGGACUAGCAUUUGUAGAGGAACCAGCUGUGCCUCUUUUUAAACUUCCUAUUUGGACUCAUAGUUCCAUAGAAUUACUUGCUCUUACAACAAUCGGCAUUGAGUUAACUUUGAAACUGAGGUGGAUAGGAUGGGGAACCAUGCUCAAACACAAAAGAACUAUGAUAAAGUGUAUAGCAUUAUUGAUUAUGUUCGCUGAGGCUCUGGUGGUUUUAGCGCGUCAGUCGACACAUUUUAGAGUAACGCGCGCCCUUCGACCAAUCUUUUUAGUAGACACAAAAUAUUGCGGAGGAGUAAGAAGAUUCAUUAGACAAAUUUUACAAACACUUCCGCCGAUAUUAGAUAUGUUGGGCCUCCUAUUAUUUUUUAUUUCGACUUACACGGUCUUGGGAUAUUAUCUAUUUUCUGAAAUGAACGUAAAUUUUGCAACUUUGCAAGAUAGUUUCGUCAGUCUUUUUGUAUUGCUAACAACAGCAAACUUUCCAGAUGUUAUGAUGCCAUCAUUUUCACAAAACAAGUGGUACGCAAUUUACUUUGUAUCCUAUGUUUGUACAAUGCUAUACGUCAUAAUGAAUCUCAUGCUCGCCGUCGUCAACGAAACCUUCACAUCAGCAGAGCGAGAAAAAUUUAAAAAGUUGUUUCUACAUAAGCGAAAAGCGUCUCAACAUGCCUUUAAACUGUUAGUGUCAAAACAGAACCCAGAUUCCAUGCGCUUCAAACAAUUUGAAGGCUUAAUGCGCUACUAUGCUCCCCACAAACCUAUCAAGGAUAUAGUGUUGAUGUUUCAAUAUUUAAACGUGUCGAAUAGCGGCACUCUGUCAUGGAACGAAUUUUCAAAUGUUUACGACGCCACCGCAUUGACUUGGGAACCCCAAUAUUCUAGCAUUCCAUGGUACCAUUCGACAUGGUCGCCUCUUCAAAUGCUUUGUCAAGGAGCUCAUGUAGUUAUUUCUUGGCGAUACUUUGAAAGCUUUGUUUAUUCUAUUAUUGUUGGGAAUGGCAUUGCCAUGAUUAGUCGUCUCAUUCAAUCGGCAGAAUUUAGUAGAGAAAAAUCUGCUCAUUUCUUCGCCGCUUCUUGGGACACAUUGUUAUUCACCGGAUUGUUUGCUAUGGAAGCUUUAAUCAAAGUGCUGGGUCUAGGAAUACGACGUUAUUUGAGUUCCGGAUGGAAUCUAUUUGACCUUGGUACCUCGGCCUUGAUGCUGAUAGCGUUAGUUGGACUCACGCUCUUUCCCAAAGCAGUUUUCUUUGUCGUAUUUCGACCCUUUCGAAUGCUUCGGUUGUUCAAAGUGAAGAAACGAUACCGUGACGUGUUUGGUACGUUAGUCUUACUCUCUCCGCAAAUGUGUUCCACGGCGAUCGUCAUGCUAGUACUCUAUUAUUUUUUCGCCAUCAUUGGAAUGGAGCUAUUUGCCGGAUAUGAUAUGAAAAAUUGUUGUCGUAAUACAACAGUUGAAGAUUUCUAUAAAUAUUCUGCGAACGAAAGCACAAGUUUAGGAUACUAUUACUUAAACACCUUUGACAAUUUAAUGGCCAGUGGCAUGACUCUGUUUGAACUUACUGUUGUCAACAAUUGGUUUAUACUUAUGAAUGCCUACUCUGUCACCGUGGGCAUGUAUACAAGAAUCUACUUUAUGAUUUUUUAUUUAAUAACAAUGAUAGUUUUGACAAUCGUAGUGUCUAGUUUUCUUGAAGCUUUUCGCUUUAGGAUUCAGUAUAAAAAAUCAACCACUAAACGAGACGAGGAGAAAAUGCUGCAUGAGCAAGUCGAAUUGAAUUAUUACGAAUUAAAGUCGAUUGUUCAAGAUGAACGUUUGAUGACAGAACAACUUAGCGAGUUUCUACCGCCUGGCUCUUUACGAAUAUUUAUUGGUUCACGACCUCGUACACGAGAUAUUUUGCAACGGAAAAUGUAUACGCAAGAGAUUGAAGAAUGGCUGUCGGAAGCUGAAGCACAAGAUAGACAUAACAAUAUGAGUAGUGAGCGUGGCAUCGACGAGCGUAUACCGGAAGCCGAAAGUACCGUAACAAACGGAAUGAAUUUAAUACAAAGAAGAGCGAGCGCUGUUUUUAAUUAAUAACUACAAUAUUUAU